ACGGGAGCACGUGGGGGCCAUGGCCCCGCGGCGCCUCCUGUUGGUUGGGGAAGGGAAUUUCUCUUUUGCCGUCGCUCUGAGUGAGACCCUGGAUCCAAACACGAGUCUAACCGCCACCUGUCCCCAGCGCUUAGCGGACCUGGCCCGGGAUCUGGUGGCCCGAGAGAACAUACAGCGCCUGCGCGAUCGAGGUAAUGAGGUACGCUUCCGUGUGGACUGCACCCACCUGGCAGAUGCCUUUGAACCACAAGACAGAGAAUUUGAUCGAAUUUAUUUUAACUUUCCGCACUGUGGGCGCAAAGCUGGAGUAGCUAAGAACAGGGAACUGCUUGCCAGGUUUUUCCGGAGCUGUGCAGAUGUGCUUGCCGAGGACGGAGAAGUCCAUGUGGCAUUGUGUAGAGGACAAGGUGGGACUCCUGCUGAUAAGCCAAUGAGAGAAUGGCACAACAGUUGGCAAGUGGUUGCUAUGGCCGCUCUGGGGGGAUUCAUUUUAAGUGAUGUGCAUCCCUUCAACUGUGAGGCUGUGCCAGGGUACAGGUGCACUGGAUAUAGGAGUCAAGAUAAGUCCUUUCAUAUAGAAGGUGCCUUGAACCAUAUCUUCACCCGGAGCUUACCCUUUGAAAGUUUGCAACCAAGAAUCUCCAGGAUCAAACUGGGUGGCCAGUGGUUUUCUUUUCUGGAACCAGAAGUACUUGUAGGAAAACUGAACAGGGGCUUCCUCGAAGCACCUUCAUGUCAUCCUAUCAAGACCAUAAAUGAGAAACUCAUUGCUGAAUUGGGGAAAGCUUUCCCUCUAAAAAGGCUAAAGUGUUCUUCCCCUUUGCUGCCACAAGGAGACGCCAGUGUUCUCACAUCCCACAACCCUGACAUCCUAUCAACUGCCUUUUGGGUUAGUCUCCAUGAAGAUAACUCAGAUUUUGAGUCCCUGACUAGUGGGACGACACAAGACAUGGAGGACUUUCUGGUGUCAUUUUCAGAACUCAGCCUUCCCAACAGCCCUAGAAGAGACAGUAAGGAAGAAGCUCAUGAAGGAACGCAUGGCCAGGCCAAGGCCUGCCUUAGACCUUCUCUUCUGGUUCACAGCCAGGCUGUAAUCCAAGCACCGGACUUUCUCCCUGGUUCUCUGCACAUCCUCAGUGGACCUGUCUUUCAAAGGUGCUGCAUCUCCCCUUUCGCAAUGCCAGCAUUUCACGAGACUUUGUAUAUCCUUGGAUUUAAUAAAAAUCUGAAGGAUAGCUGUCUUCAGUCACUACUGGAUCAUCUGAAGGGCAUUCUAGACAACCUUCUGACCCAGACAUGGCUGGAGGGCUCUGAGUGGAGCAGUUCAGUGGAAUUUGUUUUUCAACCAACUGGGGAAAGAUAUAUGAUUACUGUGAAGUCUCAAAAUUUUGGCCCAGAUUGUGUUAAGGACCUGAUUAUUGGGUCUGUUACCACAUCUGCUACAAGCGUGAUACACAAAGACCAGUGUUUUGUGUGUGUGUCUAUGAACUUGGACCUCUUAGCCAUGCUUGUCUGGGGUAUCUCUGAUUGGAGGAUGCUGUGGACCUCUGAUAGUCGUUUCCUGAAGAAUUUUGCCCCUGGAAAAAUAGAACCCUUUAAAAGCUAUUCCCUAUAUCCUCCAUACUAUGUGCAUGAUAUUAGUUUCUGGUUAGAUGAAAAGAAAAGAUUUGAUGAAGUCGAGUUUCACACUCUGGCCCGAGCAGUGUCCCAGGACACCGUUAUAUCCAUACAAUUCCUUAGUCGUUUUCAGCAUCCAAAGACCGAACAGGUCAGCCUCUGCUAUAGACUGACCUACCAGACCUGUGACAAGGCUCUGACCCAGCAACAGGUAGCAUCAAUGCAGUCCCAGCUUAGGAAAGAGAUUCAGCAACGACUCCAUGUGACACCUCGGUAG